AUGUCACGAUCCUCGCACAAGAAUCGAGAACACAAGCGCGCAAAACUCUCGAGGCCCAUAGGGAAGAAUUCCUCAUUAUCACGCGUGAUAUUGGAUGUGUAUUGUCAUUUAGUAUGCGAAGAGUUGAAGAAGGACGGUAUGUUGCUGAUCAGUAUUGACAGCGGACGAGGUUACGAGGCGAUGCGAGGUUUGGCUGACACCCUCGACAUACCGCUCAUUUCGCUCACAGCCCCGCUUUACCCACAAGAGCCACCAAACUUUUUCGAGGUGUCGGUACGACCGUCUUCGACGGAGCUGCUCGCAGAUCUGAUCAUUCACAAGCAGUGGAGUGAGGUCUUCAUCUUGACGGACGGAGAGCAUUCCGGUAUUUCACUGCCAUGGUUAUGGCAUCAUCUGCACAAAAAAUCGAAUUCGUCGACGACGGCUCAACUUCUUGAAUUGCCGAAAGAUCCCAAUAAGUUCAGUGAAUUCCUGGGAAGCUUCAACCUAAGGCGCUUUAACGACACAAAUAGAAUUUUGAUUGACACCACGUCAUCAUCACGACAGCAAAAGUUUCUCUCUGCUGUACGCACCGCUCAGUUCAGUCAAACGAAUUACCACUACGUGGUGGCCAAUUUUGAUUUCCUGUCUUACGACGUUGAGACAUUCCAAAACGGCAACAUUAAUAUUACUGGCUUCCAACUAAUCAACAAAGAAAGAAGAGCCUAUUGGAAUCUAAAAAGACAUCUGAGGAAGUUGGACGACAACUUCAUCAACAACUAUGACGACGUCGAUAGUCGUGGCGCAUUGGCUCACGAUGCUAUGCUGGUGGCUUGGAAAGGGUUUGCGAAGUGCCUUGCAUCAAACGACUCGCUCUUUCACGGGACAUUCCGUCAUGGUCGUUUUUUCAACAGAGGAUAUCCAGGGAUCUACUGCGACCCAUUGGCGGAUCGCGCACAUCCGGCUAGACCGUUUGCGUCGUUCGAGCACGGAAGGACGGUGAUGAAAGCGCUACGAGCACUAUCCAUUGACUCAAAAGACGGCACACUCACUGGAAAUAUCGAAUUCGACCGUUUUGGUCAACGCAAGAACUAUGACGUCUCCGUGAUCGAUCUUGUUUCAAACACUAAGGCCACAUUCAAUAGAAAAGAGAUCCUCGUAUGGCGACAAGGAACAGGCUUCUUCGCUGAUCGUACUGUCGCACAGCACACUCGUAAGGCCGUCGAGAACCGAAACAAGAACGUCGUCCGCGUCGUGACCGUCUGGGUGGCCCCGUUCGUGAUGACUAAACGCGAAUGUCUGGAGCAGAACAACCGAACUGAAUGCCAGGGAAACAACAAGUACGAGGGAUAUUGUAUCGACUUGUUGAAGUUGCUGGCCGAUCGUAUCGAAGGCUUCAAUUACGAAGUCUACCUAGUGGACAAAACCGGAUCAAAGCUACCGGACGGCAGCUGGGACGGCAUGAUGGGAGAUCUACUCAAUGGUCGUGCAGACGUUGCCGUCGCUUCGCUCACAAUAAAUCAGGAACGUGAGCGCGUCGUUGACUUCUCGAAGCCAUUCAUGACCACCGGUAUUUCGAUUAUGAUCAAGAAACCGGACAAGCAGGAGUUUUCCGUGUUUUCGUUCAUGCAACCGCUCAGCACUGAGAUUUGGAUGUACAUCAUAUUUGCGUAUAUAGGAGUAUCUGUAGUAAUAUUUCUCGUGUCGCGAUUUUCUCCAUAUGAGUGGAGAGUAGAAGAAACUGCUCGAGGCGGGUUCACCAUUUCCAAUGACUUUUCUGUUUAUAAUUGCUUAUGGUUUACUUUGGCUGCGUUUAUGCAACAAGGAACCGAUAUCUUACCAAGGUCAGUAUCUGGACGCAUCGCCUCAUCUGCAUGGUGGUUCUUUACGAUGAUCAUUGUUUCUUCAUACACUGCCAACCUGGCUGCUUUCCUGACUCUCGAGAAAAUGCAGGCUCCCAUAGAAAGCGUUGAGGAUCUUGCUAAGCAGACGAAAAUCAAAUAUGGAAUUCAAGGUGGUGGUUCUACCGCGUCAUUUUUCAAGUACUCGUCGGUUCAAAUAUACCAGCGGAUGUGGCGCUACAUGGAGUCCCAGGUACCGUCAGUGUUCGUCUCCAGUUACGCGGAAGGUAUCGAAAGGGUUCGCAGCCAUAAGGGACGAUACGCUUUUCUGCUUGAAGCCACGGCCAACGAAUACGAGAACACUCGCAAACCAUGUGAUACGAUGAAAGUUGGCGCGAACCUUAACAGCAUUGGCUAUGGAGUAGCGACUCCGUUCGGUUCGGAUUGGAAGGACCACAUAAACCUAGCAAUUCUUGCGCUUCAAGAGCGAGGCGAAUUGAAAAAACUCGAAAAUAAAUGGUGGUACGAUAGAGGACAGUGCGACCAGGGAAUCACAGUGGAUGGCUCGUCAGCUUCUCUCAACUUAUCGAAGGUGGCCGGCAUCUUUUAUAUUCUGAUGGGUGGUAUGAUAGCAUCGAUGAUAGCCGCACUUGGCGAGUUCCUCUACCGAUCCAGAAUCGAAGCCAGAAAGGCUAAUCCGAACUCACUCGUCGGAAACUUCGCGAAAAGCCUUAAGUCGGCACUGUCCUCCCAGUUGCAAUUAUCGAUUAAAGGAGGCGCAUUUGCUGAACCAGGUACACAGUCGUAUGAAGCUCUCAAACGACAGCAGACGGCAUCCUUUCUUCCUGCAUCGAAUAAUGAGGAGAAGAACGAGAACGUCGAUGUGACGAAUAGGAGCAGUGGGCUAACCAGCACGGCGUACAAUACAGCCGUCUAG